AUGUCUAACCAGAGCUACUACGGGUUCACCAAUUACCACAACGCUCCUCGACAGCCUCAGAAUGUUCAACGCCAUGCAUUUCCUUCUAACCAACACGCAAAUAUGCAGGGUCGUCAUGAGACAGCCACAGUACCCGAUGGUGAGCGAGGCCUCGGUGCAACAAUUGUGGGAGGCGGUGCCGGUGGCUGGGCAGCACGUAAGGCUGGCAAGGGCGUCCUGGGAAGUCUUGCGAGUGCUGCCGCCGGUGCUGUUGGCGCAAAUCUCCUCGAGAAACAGCUUAAGAAAAUUCGCAACAAGAAGCAACGCAAGUAG